CUUCGACCACAUACUCGACUUCAGCUUUGGAGGUUGCCUUGGCCUUGUGCCUCAAACACCAACGUGUUCUGAAUCUCCCAGCGUAUGCCUGUCGCUUCUUCGUUGCUUCACCUCCAUUCCCAAUAUGAAGGUGCGAUAGGCCACAUUUCCGCACCACCCCCCACGUACGAGCGGUGCUGCUCCCCUCCCGCGACCUCAUCAUGGCCGUCUAUGCCUCCCAACUCGGGGCCAAAGGGCCAUUCGCAACCACUGCUCCUCCCACGGUGCCGACCCAUGCGCCGCCUGCCGGUACAUUCCUCCCUGGCACAAAAGUGCAGGUUGGUGGUCACAGAGUCAUCAUCGACCGGUACCUGUCCGAGGGCGGCUUUGCCCAUGUCUACGUUGUCACCCUGCCGCGCCCCGUCGAUGGCAAUACGAAAGCGGUACUGAAGAGGGUGGCAGUCCCGGACAAGGACAAUUUGGCCAACAUGAGGACAGAGGUUGAGACCAUGAAGAGGCUCCGGGGUCAGAAACCAAUCGUGAAGUACAUUGAUUCUCACGCCUCUCAGUUGAAGGGCGGAGGCUAUGAGGUCUUCCUUCUCAUGGAGUUUUGCCAGGGUGGAGGUCUCAUCGACUUCAUGAAUACAAGAUUACAGAACAGGUUAACCGAGCCGGAGAUAUUGAAGAUAUUCACAGAUGUGGCCGAGGGAGUGGCUUGUAUGCACUAUUUGAAACCACCUCUGAUGCACCGAGAUAUCAAGGUCGAGAACGUGCUGAUAGCAGGGGUGGGCUCAUCCAGGAUUUUCAAGUUAUGUGAUUUUGGUUCAGCGGCCGUUGCUAGGCCAGCUGCGACAACCGCUGCCGAAGGGCGUUUGAUCGAGGAUGAUAUAAAUCGACAUACCACUCUUCAGUAUCGGAGUCCAGAAAUGAUAGAUGUCUACCGGAAACAACCGAUCGACGAGAAGGCCGAUAUAUGGGCUUUGGGAGUAUUCCUCUACAAGCUCUGUUAUUAUACUACGCCGUUUGAAGAGGCUGGACAGAUGGCUAUUUUGAAUGCGCGAUUCAAAUUUCCAGGCUACCCUCGCUUCUCAGAUGAGCUGAAGCUAUUGAUCGCUUCUAUGCUCCGUGAGAAACCCUCGGAACGACCCAACAUAUACCAGGUGUUACAAAAAGCAUGCAAGAUGGAUGGUCGCGAGCUCCCUGUUGACGAUAUCUAUGCACGACGGACACAAUCGGAAGGUCGCAAAGACAAAACCCUCCCUCCGCAGCCUUCGAGCACCAAAUCCAGAGCUGGUGCAACGCUAUCUCCGCCUAAGCAAGACGCUGCUCCUGUGAUUCCUCAAAUCGAACCUAUGCGUCGCGGACGACCGACAAAACCUGUAUCCCAUCAUGGAUCAGCCAAGCCGAGCCCGUCCCCUUUACGCAUCAUGGACACCGCAGAUCCUUUUGCCGUUUUGGAUGGCAACAAGCCUUCGGUGGAAGAUGAACUUUCUCAUCGCUUCCCAACGCUGGAUCAAUUUUCCUUGAUGACCGACAAGGGCCAGAAUUUCGCAUUCGACCCCAAGACCGAAAAGAAGCCUGAUCCUCUGGCUCAGAGAGUGACAAAUGCUCUGGCCGAUGAUGCUUUCGCCAGGCCGCCAAGUCCAGUAGAAGUCAACGCAAUGGGCGAGAAGCCUGCUACAGCUGCGAAGUCCCAGCAUGUGCUAGAACACAAGAGGUCUCUUGAGUCUCAGAAAGUCUCGACACGGACAAAUGUGCCUCCAGUGGCAGCACCGAAAUCGUCCAUGGUGUCUCAAGGAACCAUGACGUCCGAUUCAGCUGAGGCGCCGAAAGCAAAACCAUAUACGCAACGGCCUGUUCAGCAAAUUCCUCUUGCUGACCAUCCUGCAAGAUCAUCCAGUCUCAACCAAAAUUCGGCCCGGACCCAAAAGCCCGACACAAGCCAAAGCGGCUCGAGGUUGGCGAGCCUCCUGCGAAUGGACGCCUAUCGAUCCCAACUGGCAGACGAUUUCGAACCCAGAUCUCCCACGUCUUCUCGACCAUCACUGGAAGGCGGUCGUCCUUCUGCUCGUGAUCUUGGCUCCGGAGUCCACAGGUCUCAGUCAUUGAACAUGAGGAAUCGACCGGUCAGCGUUAAUAUUGGGGCAGGGCCGACGCAUAUCAAGGACCGCGAAAUCAAGCCGCUUGACUAUGAAACGAUGUUUACCAGUGCGGAGCCUGAGAUGGCUCCGUUGUCACAUGCAGAAUCGGCGACGAACAUUACAUCUGACGUGGAUUUCUUGAGAGCUCGAGAAGAGGAAGAGAAAGAACGCAAGCAUCACCAUAAACGACUGGGUAGUGGGUCUAGACACAACAAACGUGCCAGUCUUCCAUCUAUAGGUAUUUCUGGUACAACGAAACUCAUAGCAGGCAAGUUUGGAGAUGCGUUCAAAAUGUUUGAGAACAACGAUUCGAAUAAUCAUCAUCAUCGACAACGAAGCGACUCUCCGUCCGGAGAGCCUAUCAAUGGCCUGACGCCGAUUGCUGGCUCCGAGGCUACAGACCUUAGUGAUGAUCGACAGCCAUUCGACGAGACCGAAGAUUUGUCGCCCGAGAUGAGGCGCGAACUAGAGAAGCGGAAACUCGAAGCAGAAGAACGCAGGGUUACCAAUGCUGCUGCAGAGUACAGACAGCGCGUGGCCGCCCGAGGAGGUGGAAAUGCCGGACAAGCCAAAGCUGCCUCGAUACAAAACCGAGUGCAGUCGUUGUUGGGCGAAGGUGACAGGCCAGCCCAGAAGACUGCCACGGGGUAUGGCCGAUACACAGCGUCUACAACGCCGCAAGAAGGCCUGGGUGAGGGACCACCGGGUUCACCAUAUAAGGUGCCUGGUGGUCAGGCCAGUGCACUUCACCACAGUGUAUCUGCUCCAACAUCCGUUGUCGAUCUUUCACAAACCACUUCCCGCACUCAAAGACCCAUGGCACCUCCCAAACCAAAGGUGCUUCGGUCUACUGCUGGCGAUGCCGGCAGUAUGAGAGCCAGCCAGGAAACUGCUGCUGGUCCUGUGGAUGAGGACUGGGAGGCGAACUUCAGCAAAAAGUAUCCCAGCCUUUCUGGACUUGAGAUGGUGGAAACAUCAUUGACUGGGCCCAGGCCGACUCCCACUAUACGGACGAAGGAAGUGUGAAGUGAAUUGAUAUGACGUUCGACAAAUGUAGAUGUAAAUAUAUGAGUAUACCUUAGGCAUCACUUGGUACAAAGCAGGUGAAGUGAAAGUGAAGUUGGAAGUGCUUGUUGGUAUGGCAGUAUUCGCGCCUGCUGCCUACAGAGACCGC